CAAAAACCCUAUUUCGUUUUUUAAUAAACCCUAAUCUUUUUCAAUCCGAGACCUUAAAGACCUAAAUUGCUCUGCGUUUGAUAGCUAAGAAUGGAUCCUCAGCCUGAACCCGUCAGCUACAUCUGUGGAGAUUGCGGACAAGAGAACACGCUGAAGCCAGGGGACGUGAUUCAGUGCCGCGAGUGUGGUUAUCGAAUUCUUUACAAGAAACGGACCCGCAGAAUUGUCCAAUAUGAAGCACGGUGAAUCUGGGUGAAACAGCCAGACUCGAAGCUCCAGUGCAAAUGAUAUUUUCAACAUUAAGCAUUUUUUACUGCCCUACCACUACUACAUGUUUACUGAUGUUUUAUAAGUCGAUGGGGACUGUUAUUCUGUAAAAAUUCACUUAUUGUGUCGUGCUGCUUGUUGAUUGAGUUGCACACUUGCUUUGUGUUCUGAAAACAUAACUUGGUUCUAUUAUAUUAGUGAUUAAUACU